AUGGCGCCCUCCGAGUCCUCUCCUUCUCCCUCGUCCUUCCAUCCCACCCAGGCCCAGCUUAAUCUCGCUGCUCUGGCUGGGUCACCUUCACCGCGGACCAUGCGAGGCUUGCGCAAGAUCCAGUCUCACCAAAUCCUCUCAUCUCACCCACCUUCUUCUGCUCAUCAUCCGCCGUCGGGGCGCUUGUCUGCUGGCGCCGAGGAGCUCGCCCAACCUCCUCAGCUGGACUCGCCCGUGCGACUGCGCUCGCAACGCCGGGCGCGCUCCAACAGCGAUGCCUCGUCUCGGGAGGCCCCUGCGAUAGGAACUCAAAAGCGAUCGGCUAGAAAGACGGGUUCUGGGUUUGGAAUCAAGCGCUCGGUCUUGGAGACUCUCCUCCGGGACGGUCCGCACCAGGGCAACCUUCAGGAGGGUCUCCAGGAGCUCCGGUACCUCGUUCUCUCGACACGAGUUGAAGCAGACGCGGAUGGCAUGUCCACCUACCGAAUCUACCUCUGGCUCGUCCUUCUCGAUGUUUCUCCUGUUCCAACCGACGAAUACCUCUCCCUCAUCCACCGUGGUCGCUCCCCAGCCUACACCAAAAUCCGCAAUGACACAUUCCGCACGAUGGCCACAGACCCCCUAUUCAAACGCCGCGUUACGGAAGCCAGCCUGAUCCGGCUUCUCAAUGCUGUCGCAUGGAAACUUCACGAUGCAAAGAAUAAAUACCGAUCGCGAUCGCGUCCCUCGUCACGUCUCCGAGAGAUUGAGCUUUUGAUCAACACACCUCCGAGUAUUGAAGAAGAGCCCUCCCCAUCUGGAACACCAGGUAGUGUUGCCAGCAGUCGCGGCGGCGGCAGCGGGAUUACAAAUGAAUCAGCGAUCUACGUCCAAGGCAUGAAUGUGCUCUGCGCUCCAUUCCUCUACGCCGCCCGCAGCGAAGUCGAGGCCUUUGCCCUGUUUCACUCGUUUAUUACACGCGAAUGUCCGGGUUACAUCCGCGGCGCCAUGGAUGGGGUUCAUCGAGGACUGCGCUUGGUCGAUCAAUGUUUAGAGAUCGUUGAGCCCAAACUAGCGGCGUACCUCUUCUCUAAGGGCCUACAGGCGAAACUGUAUGCAUUUCCAUCGGUGUUGACCCUCUGCGCGUGCACGCCUCCUCUUCCGGAAGUGCUUCAUCUUUGGGACUUUUUGUUCGCGUACGGAACACAUCUAAAUAUCUUGUGUAUCGUGGCGCAAUUAAUUCGAAUGAGGGACACGAUCCUGGAAAGUCCGAGUCCCAACAAAAUCCUCCGAUCCUUCCCACCACUAGACGCCAAAGAGAUCAUCGCCCUGACGGUCCUUAUCGUCCGCAAGAUCCCCGAGCCGCUGUACGCUGAAUUAAUCGACCAUGCCAAAUGA